GCUGCAGAUUUAUAAAAGAGAAAGAAAACUGUACGUCCGAAGUUCGUCGAGAGAUAACAUAUUUACAGCACAACGAGCAGAUUGUAAUACGCUUAAAUAGUGUUCGUUCCUUAAAAUCUCGUGAUUUUUCAACUUUUAAAGGUUUUGUCUAAGCUCGUCAGACAGUCCUUGAUUCAUUUGCAUAAAUAGUAGCCACAUUCGUUUGGCGGUCUCUACAUAGGCCUAGAGUAGGAAUAAGCUGUGUCAUCCUAUUACAUAACUAUAGUUUUUCUGCUGGGAAUACUACAGAGAUUGUGAUGGAAAUAGAUCAACAGACUGUUAUUGAACAGGUUACUCCUGGAACUGUAGCUGAAGUGGAUAAUAAGUGUUGGUGGAGUGUAAGCAAUUACAUCCAGUGGUGUCCAACAUCAAUGUAUCACCUUAAGCGAGCAGAGAGCAGAAUUCUGAAAGUUAUCAAGACUGCAUACGAGGCAAAGUAUGUCAAUAUUGGGAAGUGUGUAGGAGGCACUGAGAACAAAAUAUGGACCUUGAUGCUCAACAAGGAUGCAGAAAAAACACCAUUGGUAAUGCUUCACGGAUUUGCUUCGGGUGUUGCAUUGUGGUGCCUUAACCUUGAUACCCUUGCAAGAGAGAGGCCUGUUUAUGCAAUAGAUCUUUUAGGUUUUGGUUCCAGCAGCAGACCACACUUUAGCAGUAAUGCCUUAGAAGCUGAGUCUGAAAUGGUGAAAUCCAUUGAAGAGUGGAGAAAGCAAAUAGGAUUGGAAAAAUUUGUGCUGCUUGGUCAUAGUAUGGGAGGGUUUCUCGCUUCGGCUUAUGCUCUACAACAUCCCGACCGUGUUUCGCACGUUGUGCUGGCAGACCCUUGGGGGUUUCCUGAUCGUCCGUCCGGGAACGAUUCGAACAACCGUAUCCGAAUUCCUCCCUGGGUGAAGGGAAUCGCCUAUCUCCUUCAACCUUUUAACCCGCUGUGGCUUAUCCGAGUGUCUGGACGUCUAGGGCCUCAUAUAGUGCGAAAAGCUCGUCCCGACAUUUUUCAAAAGUAUGCCGGGACAGUAGAAGAUGCAGAUGAAGCCAUUUCCCAGUACGUUUACCAUUGCAACGCCCAAAGUCCAACAGGGGAAUCCUGCUUUCAUGCUAUGAUGGCUAGUUUUGGAUGGGCAAAAUACCCAAUGCUUCACCGGAUCCCCGCACUAAGAUCAGACAUUCCUCUAACGUUCAUCUAUGGAGCGAGAUCGUGGGUUGACAGGCAUCCGGGACAGAUAAUUAAAGAUAGCAGAAAGGAAUCCACUGUUGAACUCCACGUUAUUGGCGGUGCCGGUCACCAUGUUUACGCUGAUAAAACGGAAGAGUUCCAUCAUCUUGUGUUGACAGCAUGUAAGACAACUGACAAUUCGAAGGAAGUUAUCGAGUUGACGGUAGACGAGAAACCGACCGCUGAAGAAGAACGGGUGCACGAAUUACAGACGGAAAUCAGCCAAUCGGUAUUGGGAGCUUUACAGGCGACCGAAACACUAGAAAAUCCUUAAAUCUGUGGAUCACGAUUAGGAUGUCAAUACUAUUAUAUCGCAUUGUCUGUUCUUCUGUUAGAAAAUUAUGUACACUAAAUUCUUGAAUAUUCUAUUCAUGCCCAACACGAUUUAGUAUAAUUUCAAAUUUUUUUUAUGUGAAAAAGUUCAAAGAAAAAUACAGAGUUUCAUUAAUGCACUCUAA